AUGGGAAAGGACUUGGGGCUCUCGCCACGCGCCGUCAGCACCACCUUCGGCUGCAGGGUGAACGUGGCCAUCUGUCUGCAGUCCAACAGGUUAGGGAAACUGGCUGAGCAGGGCACAGCGGGACCUGACCCCACCACUGUUUACGUGGACAUGAGAGCGCUACGUCACGACAGGGUCCGCCUGGUAGAGAGAGGGUCUCCACACAGCCUGCCACUGAUGGAGUCUGGGAAGAUCCUUCCAGGAGUGAAGGUGAUCAUUGCCAACACAGAGACUAAAGGACCCUUGGGAGACUCCCACCUAGGAGAGGUGUGGGUGAGCAGUCCUCACAAUGCCACAGGAUACUACACAGUUUACGGGGAGGAGGCGCUGCACGCCGACCACUUCAACACCAAGCUGAGCUUCGGAGACACCCAGACGGUGUGGGCGAGGACGGGCUACCUCGGCUUCCUGCGGCGCACCGAGCUGACGGACGCCAGUGGAGAGCGCCACGACGCCCUCUAUGUGGUGGGCUCUCUGGAUGAGACCCUGGAGCUGAGGGGAAUGAGGUAUCACCCAAUCGACAUCGAGACCUCCGUUAUCCGUUCUCACAAGAGCAUAGCUGAGUGUGCGGUGUUCACUUGGACCAACCUCCUGGUGGUGGUCGUGGAGCUGGAGGGGUCCGAGCAGGAGGCCCUGGACCUGGUUGCCCUGGUCACCAACGUAGUCCUGGAGGAGCACUACCUCAUCGUGGGAGUGGUGGUGGUGGUCGACCCCGGCGUCAUCCCCAUCAACUCCAGAGGGGAGAAGCAGCGCAUGCACCUCAGAGACGGGUUCCUGGCCGACCAGCUGGACCCCAUAUAUGUGGCUUACAACAUGUGAGGGUCCCCUCCUCCUCCACGUGGCUCAUCACACAACGGGAGUCGGUGUGGCUUCUGUUGAAAGAAAGCGUGCUCCUCUUUCAGCUCGCAGACAGGGAAACAUGAAAGAAAACGUGGAUGCAAAAUGGAGAGAAAUCCCAAGAGAAAUUAGAUCAACACAAACCUCAUGUCAGUUUCUCCCUGCGAUUUCUCGCCUCAACAAAUAAUGUUUUAAAGAGGUUUUGUUGAAAAGAGUUUUGAGUAUGACAGAGUGUCCGUGUCCUUAAACCCAGGACACAUGAUAGCAGUAAGGUAUAACACUACACAGUUCCAUUAACUUCAUCUACUGUCCGUUUCUAUAUUUUCAUUAUUUGUUGUGUUUGCCACACACUAGUGCCAUAGACUGACACCAUGUUAAGUGUUCGCAGAGCCAUUGCCGGUCAUAUAUGAUUUUUAUAGAAGAAAAUCCAUCUUACGUACAUUGUCGUCUGCCUGAAGUCAACCCGGAUUUUAGUGUUCCUGCUCAUUUCACAUCAUGUUGUUAGUAUUGCAGAGACGCACACAGCAGUUAUUUCUUCCAUCAUUUCAGCAUCAGUCCUUUUAAUUUGUGGUGUCAGUAACAGGAUGUUUAGAAAUACUAUGUGGUUGACGCAAUGUUGUCCUUUUCUAAAUCAAAAAAGUGUAAUAUAGUUAUUGUUUUAUCUAAACAAAAUGCAAUAUGAGUGACGUGAAAUACUUUGAAUGACUGCAGACAGUAAGUGCCCAGCCUUCGGAGUCGUGAGAUGGCGAGGAAUAUAAUCGUUGCUUUCCAUUAGCAACCUGCCAAAUAAUAUGAAUGAAGCCUUAAGUGAAUUUUCUGACUCUUUCCUAUCCCAGCUUAACUUAAUUUUGUGAAGUUUAUCAGCUGUAUGAUAGGGAGGGGGAUAUGCAGAGGGAGGUAAGGUAUGGUAAAUCCUAUUGCACCCAAAGUCUUUCAUCUUUCUGGUUAAUAUGAAUAUACUUUAUCGUAGCAUCAGCCAUAACAAACACACACUCCAUAAAUAUGUUUAAAGUGUCUGUCCCUAUUGUCAGUUGUGUUGAAUGUGUGUUUUAAAGCAAAGGACUGGAAGACAUUGGAGCCGGUAUUGGUUUCAUGCAGAAUGUCAAAGCCACAUUUCGAGUGCCAUAGUGAAUGAGAGUUACAAAAGUAUUUGUAUUGCAUGUCUUGAUGAAGGCAAGUGUCUAAUAUGCUCAUAACAUCUUGACCUCCCACAUUAUCACAUUGACUUUGUAAAGAUUCACUUCACUGUGUGUUGCUUCUUUUCUCUGUGUGAUCAUCCCCUCAGAAACAGGCUCCUGCCUGCUGUAAGUAUGUACAGGUUUUGUGUAAAUUAUUAAUAGAUGGAGAAGAUGACCACAUAACACAAAGACUGAAUCUGGUAUAUGUGAAUUUCUCACUCACAAACAAAAAUUAUUUGAAACGUGUUCUCAUGUGUGGACACUGAGAAGAGACGUGAAAAGCCUUGUAAACAUUUUUAUAGUAUGGAAGUGGGAGACCAAGCACACUCCUCGCACAAGGAGAAGACAGCGACACUCUGGGGACCGCUGAGACGUCACGUCCUCCAGAGCAAACCUUUGUUGUUAACAUGGAAAGAUACAUUUGUCUGAUAUAUGGUUAGUUGUCAUUAUUUUCAUAACAUGAUUUCUUAAUGAAUAAAAAAAAAAGUGCU